AUGCUGGGGAGACUGAUCCAGGGCUAUGCCAGAGGUGGCCAGCUUGAGAGUGCCACGGAAGAAACACACACCCGCAGUCUCCUUUGGCCGGAAUCACAUGCGGAGGGACGUGUCAGCUCUCUAUCACCACCCAGUACUCCAUAUGGCUCUCCUACGACCCGUGUCUCACCUUUUGAUGAUCGAAUUGGGUUGGAAUUGAACGAGUCCAAAGACUUGAGGCUCAUUGUUGCCCAGGAUGCCUUCGGAACCAACGACCGUCCCUUACUGCUCUAUGACACCCACUUUGUGGAGUCAAAGGAGCCCAACUUGGGUCAACGCCCCCCUGUCCCCUCUCCUGCUGCUGCCGGAGCACCUCAGCGUGUAGGCUCGGGGAUUCCUAUUUUGGGACAUGCGAGGAAUCGAAGCUCUACCAUUUCAGGAGCUUCGGCGUCGUGGGCGCGCCCUCACAAGGAGUCGGAACCGACGGACCACCUAGGCAAUGUGCUAGACUGUAUGUUUGGCGUCAGCAGUGCUGCCAAAUCCGGAUCCAGCACAAAAUUGCACUUCCUCCCAGGCGAUCGAAGUCCUGCUAGCGACCUAAGUUCGCGUGCACCAACCUCAAAUCUGUCUGGCACAGCGCCUUCUCGUGCUCCGCUCUUGAGAGCGAGGACAGCUACGACCACCGCUAACAAUCAGAGUCAAAACAAUCCUGCCAGAGAAUCUGACCCCGAACCACGGGACGCCGUUCUGAUCACUCGCAUGUUUUCGGUUACGCUUCCUGAGGCUCAAGAUGAUUUGAGGCAGCGACGAAGGUCUUCCGCCGAUCCCACCACCUCAAUCAGCCCGCUGUCGCAUGGGCCUGAGAAUCUGAUGGGUGGCUCCCUCCACAGCAAGAAACCCAAACUCGUAGAGAAAAAGACUCCUGUCUUUGCAAUCGGCUUGCUUUUCUACCUGCCUCGCCCUGGUGACGUGCGUUCCAACACGUCGUCGGCGCGCCCUUCAUCAAGAGCCUCAUUUACGCCGUCGUCGACCCCGAAUUCCUAUGGGUCGGACUCCUUUUCGUCCUGGACAAUCCUGAACGCAAUUCCCGAGUAUUUGUGGUCUAGCGACACCUCCAGCCAGCUAACUGACCGUGGCAUUGAUAUUAUUGUGGGAAACUGGGAAGUUAUUCUGAGGAGCCUUGCAGUUGUUGAGGCGCUAGCACGGUCCGAGAUUGGCGAGCUUUUGCAGGAGGUGAAUCUGGCGCUGAUCACCUCCGCAGCAAAGGCACCAAAAGGCCCUUCAGAACAACGUACCAAUCAGCGCAAUGUCUAUCUUCGGUCUCCAAACAGACUGGCGCAGGUGGCCGAGCUGCAACGCGCCGCGAGGCAUACUCUAUGGAGAGUGUCAUAUGCGCUGCGCAUUCCGCGGGUGUACACGGGCCUUGGACUUGAUAACGGGGGUCACUGGCUUGACGAAGCACGCUAUCUUGUGCGACUCUGCGGAAAUAAACAGCAAAACUUUUUUCUUUUCAACCUCUUGACUGCAUUUCUUGGAAACCAUACUGAAUGGCUCGAAAGGCUAGGACCAGACUGGUAUCGAAGACAGCUCAGAGUUUUGAACAAGGGGAGGCCUCGACCCACUAACGUGGCUUCUCGAACAGUCAUAGUCUGCGAGAACCGAUCAAUGGCUCGCCGCAUCAUUUUUCUGCUGGCAUCAUUUCUGCCCCGGAAUGCAAUCACGAAGCUCCCCUCCGAGGUCAUGUCCCCGCUACUCACGCCUGAUAUCAGCUCCUCUUCGCCUAUCCAUAGGAUCAUCCAUGAAGAUUCCCUACGUCGCCAUGCUCACAAUAAGUCGCGAGAUGGAACCGUCACAUUCUAUCGCCGCGAUGGUGCUGGGUUGUCCAGCAGUGUCUCUUCGUCUGAGAGCGCCAGUGGUAUAGCUAGAGCCUUCCGCAGAAGUUCUCGGUCGCGAAUCUCCAACGCCGAGCUUACGCUGGGCAUGAGACAGGUCUCCGUCUUUUCACCGGGAGAUAAUGGUGGUAGUUUUCACAAGACCAAUCCAACCAGCUCGACAGCUACGCCAGGGCUGGGCACACCCGUGCCACACUUUGCGACAAAGGCUGUUGACAGCUACUUUCCUGAAGGCGCCGUCGUGGAUAGCGAAGAGACUGGAGCUAGCGCUGAUCUUGCUCGAAUCUUGAGACGCGACAGCGUGAGUCAAUCACAGUCCCAUCAAUCGAGUAUGAACUGGGGAUCGUUGAUCAGCAACGUAUCUGGACUAUGGAACAAGAGGCAGGACUCGACCGCUUCAACAAGUGAGAUCACGAGUUCGUUUGACACUGGAAGCUUGAGUGAUCGCCGCCGAUUCGCCCCUAAAUCUGUGCAGAUCCAUGGGAGACAGCCAAGUCGCUUGGAAGCAAUGGUUGACGAAGCCGGUCGGCUUCGAAAGAGUAAGCUAGGUCAAGAGGAAGAUUCCACAAGCUUGUAUCGACCAUCGACGCUCCCGAGCGAGGCGCAUCCCCCCCGGCUAACAGUCGAUGAGAGGGAUGGAGUUGUUGAUGUGGACAUCAAUAUUCCUGGGUUUAUCGGUUGGAACGAGGGGAAAGGCGCCUCUCCCCCUUCAUGGAUACAUCAUCGAUCCCCUUCUUUUGCGAGUGUGGACGAAGUGGGCUCAAUGUACAGCACACAUUCGCGUCACGCCGAUGUGACAGGGUGCAAAUCUCCAAACGUUGCCGGUUACCUGAAACGGUUUCAUGAAGACUUCAUACUACAGGGAGUCAAGCCGUACACUGAGCUUCAAGACGAAAUCAGGAGAAGCAUGUCAAGAGAACCAACCCCUUCUGAUGAUAUGUCUCGAUUGCCCGCAGACACAGAAAACAAUGGAGAACAAUGGGUUACUGUUUGCACAACACUACUUGCUGACCUACGGAACUUCAGCAUUCAGCGUCUGACCCUGAGACGACUGACACAACGAGGUACCGCCGGCGAUACUGGUACAGGUGCUCCGAGCCAGUCCGGAUCAGACAAUGUCCCACAUGGUUCCGGAGCAUCAUCCAGCGCCGAGCUAGGAUCGCCAGCGACUCAGCUGGAGCAGUUUGACAGCGAAAUAGUCAUGGACUUUGAUACAACACUUACUGAUGCAAUCGAACGUGUCCUAAACGAGACAGAGCCGGGAAGGCAGAAGUCAGGCGCUCCAACCAGGACACAUUCUCGGACUGUGUCUACCGCGACGACGUCUUCGGUGAGGUCGCUGCCACUGGAAAUAUCGGGCUCCGGCAAGGCGAGAGACUGGCGUCGCCCAACCACGUUGUCCCAAUCAGAUUGCCGACAAGUAGUAGUUGGCGCUCUCGAAGAAGUCGUGAAAAGUGUCAAUGACGAUUUGACCAGGCAUAACAGAAGCCGAGAUGCCGAUGGACAUGUCAAGAUGAAUGAUGAUGCCUUGAAUCAAGAAAUGAAGCAAGAUAACGUGUUACGUGAGGGGGUCAAGAGAUGGCUGCUCAAUGUUGAAACGAGGAGUGUGUGGUAG